AUGAAUGGAGAAUUUCAAAAUGGUAAAAUUCCUCUUCUAACCAAAGUUAUUAUUACUAUGAGUCCUUUAAUUAAUGAUAUAAAGAUUAUUAAAUCUUUUAUUUCUAAAGGAGUGACAAUUUUUCGAAUAAAUUUUUCACAUGGAUCGGCAGAAGAGCAUAAGAAAGUAAUUGAAAAUUUAAGAAAGGCAAGUAAAGACCUUGAUAAAGUUAUAACAAUAUGUUUAGACACAAAAGGUCAAGAAUUUAGAAUUAGUUUAAUCGAUUCAUCUGAAAUUAAUGUAAAAAAGAAUGACACUUUGACAUUCUCAAGGAAAAAACAAUCCAAUUCUAUUUUUGUUCCAAUAAAGGAUUUUACUGUUUUGAAAACCGGUAUGAAGUUUUAUUUAGACGAUGGGAUGCUAACACUUGAAGUAGUUGAAUUGGGAUACGACCACAUAAAAGGUAAAGCGUUAAAUUCGCAUCGAUUGAAAAAUAAUAAAAAGGCUAAUUUUCCAGGGAUUGAAUUUCCAGAUGACAAUUUGAAUAAUGAAAAUAAAAAAGACAUUUUAUUUGGUGUACAGAACAAUAUUGAUGUUAUAUUUGCCUCGUUUAUUUUAUCGAAAGAAAAUGUACUGAAAAUAAAAGAGAUAGCUGAUGGUAUACCGGUGUAUUCUAAAAUUGAAGCGGUUAAAGCUAUUGAUAAUAUUGAUGAUAUAAUUGACAUUUCCGAUGGAAUAAUGGUGGCAAGAGGAGAUUUGGGUGUAGAAACGGGUUUUAUUGAAAUGUUCGGUGUACAGAAAGAUGUUUCUAAUAAAUGUAUAAAGAAGUUUAAGCCCGUAAUCUGUGCCACACAGAUGCUAGAGAGCAUGACUUCCAGUACAAUACCAUUACGAUCUGAAAUAAGUGAUAUAGGGAAUGCUGUACUUGAUGAAUAUGAUGCAUUAAUGCUUAGUGGAGAAACAGCAGUAGGAAGUAAUCCACUACUUUGCGCAGAUUACAUGAUGGAAAUAAUUAACAACGCCGAAAAAUAUGUUGAAUCAACCGGAACUGGUUGUAAAUGUCCAUUUAUUGAAAAAAACAAAAGUACAUGUAUAAUUCUAGAGACAAAUGAUCUUAAGACGAUUAACUGGUUGUAUCAAAUGAGAUUGGGUGUUAUUACCUACGUAUUUUCAUCUAAUUGUAAAUUAUUAUCAGUUAUUAAUUUGUAUCGGGGCAUGAUUCCUUUAAUUAAAAAAACAGAAUCUGUGACAGAUCUUGCAAAUCGCCUUAAAGCAGAAUUUGGAUAUAAAAGAGUUCUCUUAUUCUAUUUUGCGAAAGAUUCUGAGUGUUUAAAAAAGAUUGAGGUUUUUUAG